CAGACGUACUCGGAACUGUUUCCAAGGUUUUAUCAGGUUUGGGUGGUGUCGCGGCUGCUGGUCCUGGGAGCCAAGGCAACGGAGAUCUUCCCAACUUGCGAGAGCGCCCCCUUCUCCCACGGCUUCGGGGACCCAGCAACAGCUAUGGCUCCGGUGUCUGGCUCCCGCAGCCCGGAGUGGGAGGCCUCGGGCUCCGGGGGGAAGCGUCGCAGUUCGUCGAAGAGCCCUAAGCCCAGCAAAUCCUCUCGCUCCCCGCGGGGCCGCCGCUCUCGCUCGCACUCUUGCUCUCGGUCCGGGGACCGGAAUGGCCUUAGCCAUCAACUGAGUGGCCCCAGCCAAGGCUCCCGAAACCAGUCCUACCGCUCCCGCUCGCGGUCACGCUCUCGAGAGCGGCCUUCCGCGCCGCGGGGCGCCCCUUUCGCUUCUGCCUCCUCGUCCGCCUAUUAUGGCGGCUACUCACGCCCCUACGGGAGCGACAAGCCAUGGCCUAGCCUCCUGGACAAGGAGAGGGAAGAGAGCCUGCGGCAGAAGAGAUUAAGUGAGAGAGAGAGGAUUGGAGAAUUGGGAGCUCCUGAAGUAUGGGGACUUUCUCCAAAGAAUCCAGAACCAGACUCUGAUGAACAUACACCAGUAGAGGACGAAGAGCCAAAGAAAAGCACCACUUCAGCUUCUACUUCAGAAGAAGAAAAGAAGAAGAAGAAGAAGUCUAGUCAUUCAAAAGAAAGAUCCAAGAAAAGGAGGAAGAAAAAAUCAUCUAAAAGAAAACACAAGAAGUAUUCUGAUGAUAGUGACAGUGACUCUGAUUCUGAAACAGACUCCAGUGAUGGAGAUACAAAAAGGAGAGCAAAGAAAGCCAAGAAAAAGGAAAAGAAGAAGAAACGCAGAUCGAAGAAAUAUAAGAAAAAGAAGUCUAAGAAGAGCAGAAAAGAUUCCAGUGAUUCAAGUUCUAAAGAGUCCCAAGAAGAGUUUCUGGAGAAUCCCUGGAAGGAUCGAUCAAAGCCUGAAGAACCCUCAGAUUUGAUUGGCCCAGAGGCUCCCAAAACACUUGCCUCUCAAGAUGAUAAACCUUUGAACUAUGGCCAUGCUCUGUUACCUGGUGAAGGUGCAGCUAUGGCUGAGUAUGUAAAAGCUGGAAAACGUAUCCCACGAAGAGGUGAAAUUGGCUUGACAAGUGAAGAAAUUGCAUCAUUUGAAUGCUCGGGUUACGUAAUGAGUGGUAGCAGGCAUCGCCGAAUGGAGGCUGUGCGACUGCGAAAAGAGAACCAGAUCUAUAGUGCUGAUGAGAAGAGAGCCCUUGCAUCCUUUAACCAAGAAGAGAGACGAAAGAGAGAAAACAAGAUUCUGGCCAGUUUUCGAGAGAUGGUAUACAGAAAAACUAAAGGGAAAGAGGACAAAUAAGGAUUUUCUGAUUGUUCAUCAGACAUUUUUAACAACAAAAAAGAAAGUUUGGGUUCCAUAUAUACACACAAAAAGAUUAUCAUGAUCUGAAGAAGCUUUACAGUGCUAUACUGUGCCUUCUAUUUAAUUCUUUCAGUCCUUCUAUAAAAAGCUGCUUAUUGAUGUAACUUUAGCAAGCUCUUUGGGUUAUUUUGGAUUGACCAAAACAACCUUCUGGUUUAAAAAUCCAAAUUAUGAAUGAAACUCUACUGUGUUGGGGGAGGUGGCAUUGAGAGAAGGUGCUGGUGAGGUGAGAAACUGAACUCACACCAUGGGACAGUGCUCCCAUUAGCUCUACAUGGUGCCCACUCCCCAACCCAUCCCAACUGAACUUGUAAGAAAUUAUCAUUCCUCUAUGUUGAAUGUGUUAUAAAUGGACUUGAUAGAAACACACAGGAGGCCACUUUUGUUACCAAAAUGAAGGCAUGGCUGAAAAAAGCAAAUCUGGAAUUUGAAGGUUGACUUGUAUAUUACAAUAUUAUUGUCAGCUCUGGAAGUAAUGUAUUUUGAUUUUAGUCCCUGCCUCCACCCCAAAACCAACAAGCAAACCAAAAAGCAAACUAACCCACAGACUUGUUGAAUUGAAAAUGUGAACAUUAGUUUUAAAAUUCUUAAUAGGUUAAUUAAAAAUGGUUAUUUCAAAUAUAAAAUAUUGGGAAGUCUCCUGUUGUGCCAGUGUAAGUACAUUAUUUCCGUCUGAGCUGUGUUUAGAUCAUUAUUUGAAUACUAGAAAUGGAUGGGAGUCAACAAUGGUCAGGAGUUUAAUAAGGAAAAAUAUAAUGAGUCAUUGUUUUCAUUGUUUUAACUUGGUUGCUUCAUAAGGAUGAAGCUAAAAUGAUGUUAAACGUUUUUAAAGUCUGUCCUUUGUAAUAAGCAGAUUUCAUUUUAAGCAUUGCUAAACUUUUCAGUUUAUUUUUUACAUCUGUCAUUCAGUUUAAUCUGUAACUUCAUAUAGAACCCCUCACUUUCUCACUUUUUUAUGGCUACUGUUGGCUUUUAAGUUUGGGAGAAAUGGAAAAUUCUGGGACUGUGAGAUCGUGAUCUUUUUCCUUCCCUCCUUUUGUUAAAGUUUAGUUGUUAGGACAUACGAGCGAAGGGGGAGGGGAUAGUAGAAGUUUUGGCUGUUUUUGUUAAGGUUGUUUUGAGCUGCAUUAUUAUGUGCCUAGGAUAAAUUUAAAUUAUCUGAGUGAUGGGGAAUUUCUGACUUUGCUGUUAUAAAAUGCCCUCUCUCCUUACAAUAAAGUUUUUUUUUUUAAAAAAAGGUUUUUUUUUGAAGAGAACACUGCAUUUAUUUAACCCCAUAAAUUAUAACAUCUUAACACAUGUAAAAUUUUUGUAUUUUUAAAGUGCUUUGAAAGAUAUUUUUUUUAACAAGUGGAAAAUAAUGUUCUUUAAAAGACAUCAAACUUUUAGUGGAAAAUGAUAUUACCAGAAGCAUGUAAGGAUUUGUUCAUCCUCUUCAAGAAAUGGGAUUUUUAUGUAAAAUAUAUAUGUAGCACUGAAUGCCAAAAUGAUGGGUAUGUGUGGUUGGAAUUAAAAAUGAGAUUUGCUAAUAAA